UAGUCAAAAACCCCAGGUACUGGAGGAACACUACUAUAACAUGGUGGUGAGGUGGAAGAGGGGGCAGUCGGAGUCGCAGUCGCAGAAUUUAUCCACUAGGAUGGUGAAACGGAAGUUGGAAGACGAAUCGACAACAACCGAAGAGAAAACAGAAGAUGAUGACACGGAUAAUGCCAUUAUACCUUCCCCGCCGAAUGUUGAGGUCCGGGCAACUUUUAUUGUAGAAAAUGCUUCUCUGAGGAAAGGCAUCGUUCGAAAGAGGUGGAAGAUUCUAGAUUCAGAGGAAGACGCUGACUUCCUCAAACAAAAGAAAGAUGUGAAUGAUUAUAGGCCUGGAGUUGUCUACCAGUAUAGCGAUAGUGUUAUCAGGUAG